AUGGCCGCGCCGCGCGGGACCCUCGACGACCUCAAGGUCAUCCUCGCGGACCUGCGCGCGUGCGCGGAGCGCCUCGCGGCGGUGGGACCGGGGAAGGCGGACGAUCCCACCUUCCUCGCCGCGAAGACGGACGCGUCGCUCGCGUUUCUGAAGAUCCGCGCCGUCAACCGCGACGUCCUGAACGAUUUGGAGAAGACCAGGGAGAGGACGAGCGCGCACAAGACGGAGCUCGAUGAAGCGCGUCUCCAGCUGCAGAACGUCCUGUACGAGAAGCUGCACAUCCAGAAGGAGAUACGCGCGUGCGAGGAUUUCACGUCAGCGUACUCGGACGAAGAGAUCGGGCUGCGCGACGUCAAGGAGUUCAUGGAGCGAGAGGGGAUCAAGGAAGGGGAGUUAGACCCUCACGAGCUGAUGUUGAAGCGACUGAGCAGCGAGCUCGCGGAGAGGAAGGCGCUGUGCGAGGAGGAGAAAGAGCUCAAGGCGAAGCGAAAGCGUCUGCAGGACGGCAUCGACGAGCGCCGAAAGUUCCUCGACGGCCUCGGCGCGCAGCUCGAGUCCCUGAAACGCGCCACCGCGCCGCUGCAGUCGCACCUGAACCUCCCCAUCGCCUUUGACGAUCGGCAAAAACGCGCCGCGCGUCUGCUCCCGCCGCCGCUGUACGUCGCGUACACGCAGCUCGCGGCGGCGAGGGAGGCGUUUCAGGACACGUACGAGGUCAACGUGGACGGGUCCAUCGCGGACGCGGAGGCGCUGGUCAGGAAAGCCGCGGCGGAGGAGGAGACGGCGAGAGCGAGAGAGCGCGGGGGCGACGACGCGGAGGCGGCGGACGCGAUGGAGACGGACGACGGGGAGAUCCGCGGGGAGAUCCGCGAUAAACGCGAAGGCGACGACGACGACGGCGGCGACGCGGACGCGGACGCGGACGCGGACGCGGGCGGCGGCAGGGCGAAGAAGCGCGCGAAACGCGGCGCGAGCGACGGCGGCGGCGGAGGAAAAGGCGCGUUCUAUCUCACGCUGGUCCCCAUACGACCGCGUCGGCGUGGUGAACGCCGAUCCUUAAGGACUUUUCCCGGCGCGUCUCUCCGCCCAGGGUCCCUCGCUUUCAAUCCCGACACACAUCGAUGCCGUUCAACUCCAACUGACGCCAUUCAACUCCACCCAGGGCGCACCUCCGGAACCGGCGGCGGCGACGACGCGAACGAGACGUACGCGCAGCAUCCGCUCGUCGUCGUCCUCGACGUCGACGGCGUCUCGUUCGUCUUUCGGUACCUGAUGAACCUCCACGUCGUCACCGUCGAGGCGAUGAAGACGGACGAGAAGAAGAAGAGGGCGGGGCGCGCGACGAAGGAGAAGGAGGAGAAGGGGCGGGCGCGGGGCGGCGGCGACGCGAACGCCGCGGACGCCCCCCCCCCGGUGGACCUCACCAGGGGCGACCUGCUCGUCAACCUGUUCCCGGACGACGACGGCCUGGACACGCCGAACGCGGCGAACAAGCUUCGGUACCCCGCGGGGUUCGCGUAUCCAGACGUCUCGACGCGGCGCGAUCGGCCGUACAAGUGGGCGCAGGCGCGUUCUCCUCACGCCGGUUCCCGUACGACCGCGUCGGCGCGGUGA